AAAGCCCUACAUCGGGAAAGGGAGAGAGAGAGAUCGAUCAUGGAUUCACAAGACUCAUCAACCCCUCACGUUGUUCUGUUUCCGUACAUGUCCAAAGGCCACAUCAUGCCAAUGCUCCAACUAGCCCAUCUCCUCCUCCGCCACCGACGCGCCGCCGGCGACAACAUCUCCGUCACUGUCUUUACCACUACGGGAAACCGCCCUUUUGUCUCCGGCUAUCUCUCCGAUACAACCGCCAAAAUCAUCGACAUACCUUUCCCUCAAAACAUCCCUGAGAUCCCUCCCGGAGUCGAGAGUACCGACAAGCUCCCGUCCAUGUCCCUCUACGUUCCCUUCACCAGAGCCACCGUGGUCAUGCAGCCGGAGUUCGAACGAGCUCUCGGGUCUCUGCCACGUGUCAGUUUCAUGGUCUCCGAUGGUUUCUUGUGGUGGACGUUACACUCCGCGAGGAAACUAGGGUUUCCUCGGCUGGUUUUCUAUGGUAUGAGCUGUCACUCGAGCUGUAUAGUGGAGAGCGUUUUCAAGAACCGGAUUCUUUCUCGGGUUGAAUCGGAGACCGAACAGGUUUCCGUACCGGAGUUUCCAUGGAUAAAGGUUGCGAAAUGUGAUUUCGACCAUGUGAUCACCGAUCCUAACCUUAAAGGUCCUGAAUUUGAACUCAUCAUAGAUCAUGUCACAUCGACGAAUCAGAGCGACGGGAUCAUAUUCAACACAUUCGAUGAUCUCGAACCAACUUUCCUCGAUUUCUACAAACGCACGAGCGGGCUAAAUCCAUGGACGCUUGGACCGCUCUGCUUGGCCGAGAGGCCAAGAACAACGACAAGACAGGACGAAGAAAGGAAAUCGUAUUGGAUUCAAUGGCUCGAUCAAAAGCUAGACAAGGGGUGCCAUGUUUUGUACGUAGCGUUCGGGACACAAGCCGAGAUCUCGAGGGCACAACUCUUGGAGAUAGCCGCCGGAUUGGAAGAGUCUAAAGUCAACUUCUUGUGGGUAGUGAGGGAAAAACAAGGAGAAGGCGAUGUAGGAGGAGAAGGGUUUGAAGAGAGAGUAAUGGAACGAGGUCUGGUCGUGAGAGAAUGGGUCGAUCAGAGGGAGAUAUUAGGGCACGAGAGCGUCAAAGGGUUCUUGAGCCAUUGCGGAUGGAACUCGACGCUCGACAGCGUAUGCGCAAAGGUACCGAUUUUGGCGAUGCCGAUGAUGGCAGAGCAGCCGCUGAACGCGAAACUAGCGGUGGAAGAGCUGAAAGUUGCGGAGAGAGUGAAGGCGAUUGAAGGAUUUGUAGGAAGAAAAGAGAUUUCUGAGAAGGUGAAGGAAUUGAUGGAGGGAGAGAUAGGAAAAGAACUGAAGAAGAUCAUUGAGGAAUGUGGAGAGAUGGCCAAGAAUGCUAUGGAGGAAGAGAUCGGAUCAUCUUGGAAGAACUUAAAUCUACUUAUUACCGAGUUGUGUGAUUAAUAAUAUGAUACCCAACUUAGCUAGUCCAAUCGGUGGAACGGGAACCCGAAUUUGAAAUUCAUGUUGGGGAAGAGAGGACACGUUAUAAUUAUAUGGUUUGCUUCCGAUUCUAAGAUUAGUUUGAAAUUCGAUCCAGAACACUCGGUUACAAAAACAAAACUAAUAAUAUUAUGUUUUCA